AUGCCAUCCUAUCCACCCUUAUCAAACCCAUACAGUCAGAAGAAACCAACUCUAGGUGCCUUAUUGAAAAGCAUUACGAAAAAUGCAGGUGUUCCAACGCUGUCGAUGGUCCAAUCGAUUCAGCAACAAUUCACGCAACAGUCGUCAAAAUGGACACUGGAAAUGGCGCAAGAUCUCUCUUCAAAGGUCGUGAAACUAUUCAACCCAUCGCAUGGCAAUUAUUCGGACACUAGGGAUGCUCAGGGAUCGGUAGCCGUUCUCAACCUUCUGGUUAGUUCCAUGGCAGAAUGGGACGAUAGCAUCUGCUACGCUGUACUCGUCGACACUGGGAUGUCGCAAGACGUUGGCAAGAAUCUCCUGAACCUGCUCAUAUCUCUCGCAGCUGGAGAGGAUACGAUAAAACACACUGCCAUCGUGGGAAUAUCAAUAGCACUCAGAGCCCUUGAUCGUGUGCAACAAGUUACCGUUCUCGAUCCGAACACGAUAGAUACGGCAUGGUGGUUGACAGGAGAGUGUAUCGAUCCGUUGGCUAGGACGUCGAUUGAAGUUCUAAUCAACCUUACCAGUGGAACGGAACGUGAAAUGAUGUCCGAUGGCAUGAUAGUACCCAGCAUGGAGCAACGAAAGCUUGCUGCUACAGCAAUAUUAGCCCAUUUGAUGAGAUACCAUCAGGGAUGCACUUCUGAAUAUUUCUCGGAAGACAUUCUGAAAACUUUGUCUUCCAAAUUGAUUCAAGAGGCCCAGUGGCUUGUGCAAUCAAAUUUGCCACCGUCAGCCAAUUCAAUUACUCUUUCGACUGCAAUCCAAUCCCUGACGCUGUUGUGCCUUGUUCAGUGGGCCUGUGAUGUAAACUUGGCAGGGAUUGAUCAAUGUAUACAGUCCCCUACCCUCGUGGAGAAUAUGGUUCAUUUCAUUUUUCCUUCAGCUCUUGACGAAAGUCAUACUCAUCGUCCACAGUGGACCUGGAGCAACAAUGAUUCGCAUGCUCAGUCCAUUGCUCUGGACUUGGUAAGAUGUUGGCGCAUCUGCAAUAAUGCUUCGUGGAAAUUGUUUCUACAACAGGAAAGCCUAUGGGAAAAUUUUGUGGAAAGGGCAUGGUGUGACAUGAUUUCAAAUGAAAAAUCAGAGCAAACACCAACCAACUUGCAAAAGUUAUUUCUCUUGCAUUCUUCAAGUCGACUUCAAACUCGAAGAAUAUUCAGCAGAACCAUCAAACAUCUCGAGCAGGAUACUUGCUUGAAUGUAGAUCCAUGUCAGGCGUUGGUUCGUUUGCUCUGCAAUCUGUCCAAAGAUGAGGAAAACACUGUUGGAAUAUACUCCGCUAGAAUAUUGUUUCUGUUUCUCUUUGAUCGCAAGAGCAUUCAUACUAACGAUGACUUGUCCAGAGCUCUUUGGAAUGCGGUUGAUUACGAAUUGGUCGAAGCCUGCUUGAUGGGUACACUUGAGCGAGCAUCAACUGACGAUGUUUAUCAACCUCGUCUGCUAGUUCUCCUAGACCUUCUUGGUGUCAUUUUCUCAUCGGUAGAGUUCUGUGAUGCUACAUUGAAUCAGCUUGGCGCCCAGAGCUUGGAGCGGCUAAUAUAUUUGGUAAAGCCAAAGGAAGUCAAAAUCGAUUUUUUGGCCAUGCUUGAUGACGACAGCGAGGACGAAAAUACACCAGCCGCGAACAACUUAUCGCGAUUAGACGAGACCAGUAUAUGCAUGGAACAAGAAGAGGAAAAGGUCGGAAGAGGAAUUGACAGUACAGUACGACUUUCUGCAGCACUUGUUCUCUCGCGACUUGGAUACCAUUCAUCAUUUCCAUCCGACGAAAGUAUUGGAGUGCUGGUUUCUCGGAUACGCAAAAGUGUAAUGGAUUUCUUAUCAACACCAUGUAACACCAACCCAGUCUCAGAAUCGCCUCGACAUAGUCUUGACUCUUCCAAGCGAUUCUUUCGAUUACAAACCACAACCGCAACAGCUGACAAUGAAGACUAUAUCGCUUCAAUACUGCAUACACGGCAAAUAAAUGACUAUCGACAACUUGGGCAAAUGAAGCGAGAUAUGGAGUCUCAAAAGCACAAGCUACUUCAGGCCUCCAAGCGCGAGGAGGGUCUACGCGCCAAGCAGAAGAAAUAUGAGAACAUGUGUCGUUCACAGACACUAGUCCUGCAACGAGAGCUUGCUAAACAGGAAGAAAGAUUGACCGAAGAUGCUAGAGUGAAACUUGCGAUCCAUGUGUCAGAACGAUCAAAAGCUGAGACGAGGUGCGUUGAGCUCCACGAAAAACUCAGUGGGGUUGAAUUUGCGGUAAAGGAGGCUCAAGAAAAGGAAGCAGCGCGCAUGACAGAAGUGAAUCAAUUGAAGCAAACCCUCAGUGAAGUACAUUCCAGGGCUUCCGAGCUCGAGAGUGAAAACCUAGGGGCCAAACGACAACUACGUGAUGAAAGCAUUAAGUGCAGCGAACUGAGCGAUCAAAUUACUGGAAUGUCAAAUGAAAUGGAAACUCUACGCGGUCGUCACAGCGAGCUUGAGGGUGAGGCCAGUUUUUUUAGAGACGACAAUGCGAAUCUUCUCAACAAUCUGGAAGAUCUAUUUGCUGAUAUGAUCAGUUUGGCUCAGGUCUAUCAACACCUCGAGACGGAAAAGAAUUCAUCUGUUGAAAGAAGUACAAGAGACUUAGAUGCUCUUAGAAAAAAACUAUCGAAUGAGUCAGGGAGAAACUUUGAACUGGAAGAGAAAGUUUCGACCCUCAAGACCGAAAACGAAAAGCUGUUCCGAAAGCUGGCAAAGUACAAGGACAGACUUGAAGAGGAGAGACGAUCAAGAGAGGAAGAAAAGCAACGGAGGAAACGAAGUGGGCCUGUUUCAUACAUCAACCAACUUCAUGAGUCGCAACGGCCUUCAAGGAACGACAAAGAUAAGGAGUCGCAGCGAUCUUCACGAAUUGACAGAGACAAGAGCUACCGUACAAUCAACAGCAGGCAGGAGAAAGAGAAUAGUAGCAGUUACUACGCUUACGCAUCGUCUGCUUCCCAGAGAAGGAAAAACUACUGCUGA